CCAAAUAUGUAUUUAAUUGGUGAGUUUUGCCACAUGCUAUAGAUCGGAAAACCAAAAAAUGGCAUCCUGCGCCUCUGCUACACUAACCCUUGCGGUGGUAUUAAUAAUACUAAUAUUCCUAUACAACAAUGUCUAUGGUGAUGGUGAUGAACAACAACUACAACUACAACGACAACAACAACAACAAUCAUGUUCUACAAAGUGCGGUGUCCAUAACAUCAGCUACCCUUUCCGGUUAGAAGACAGUCCCAAAAUGUGUGGCGACGAAAGGUACAUCCUAUCAUGUGAGGAUAAUGACCAAUUGAUUUUGUAUUAUGAAUCAAAAUUACCAAAAAAAGUAAGGAGUAUUUGGGGUUCCAAGAAAACAAACAAGAAUGUAAGGAGAAAAAAAGCUCUCAAAUAUUAUGUACAAUCAAUCAAUUACAACAACUUCACUAUACGGCUAUUGGAUUUCAAUCUUGUUUCUAGUUCUAGAAAUAAUUCUAUCCCUCCUUAUAAGUAUUCUUUAGGACUCUAUAAAUUCAGUUCUUUCUCCGCCUUACCCUACCUUUUCUAUCAAUACAAAAACGACUCGUUCAAGAAUAUAUUGAUGAGGUCUAUGUUAUAUGUGAGUUGUCCGAAUCGGGUGGAUUCUUAUCAAUAUAGGUAUGGUGCUAAUUGUAUAAAUAGUACGUUAUAUUCACUGUUCGGGAAUUCUUUCUAUGUUGAUAGCGACAACAAAUCUCUAUCGGAAUUGAGGCUGGGAGACGGGUGUCAUAUAGAGUUUAUGUAUCUCACAUCUUGGCCUCUGGAAGUUGGUCAUGGUGGUCGCGGCAGCAACAAUAACAUGUCUUGUAAGGACAUCCGCAAUAUGAUGUUUUACGGAUUUGAACUUUCUUGGAUCAAUGGCCUUUGUAAAUAUGGUUGGUAUGUAAAGUUCCACGACAAUAACCAGAGUAAAUGUGUACCUUCAGGGAAUUAUGUGCCUUUCAGUUUCAAAAGUACCUCGAUUGGCUUAGGUGCGAUGGGGUUUUUGUUCAGCAUUAUUAAAUUUAUUCUUGGAGUGCCAUGUAUCAUUAUAAUAUUAAUCUACAAAUGCCGACGCAAACAUUUAUCUAUGUAUUAUGGCAUUGAAGAUUUUCUACGUAGUAGUGACAAUCGCAUCAUGCCUCUAAGGUACUCUUAUAAAGAAAUUAAAAAGAUAACACAACAAUUCAAGACAAAAUUAGGCAAUGGAGGUUAUGGAUCUGUUUUUAAAGGACAACUUCGAAGUGGUCGACUUGUAGCAGUCAAAUUAUUGGACAAAGGCAAGUCCAACGGUCAGGACUUUAUCAAUGAAGUUGCUACUAUUGGUAGGAUUCACCAUGUUAACGUGGUACAACUUAUUGGUUUUUGUGUUGAGGGGUCAGAACGUGCUCUUAUAUAUGAAUUCAUGUCAAACGGGUCACUCGAAAAAUACAUAUAUUCUAAUAUUGAAGUGAGAUAUUCAUUGAGUUGCGAAAAAUUGCAUACCAUUUCUCUUGGAGUGGCUCGAGGCAUUGAGUACUUGCAUAAUGGAUGUAGUAUGAAAAUUCUACACUUUGAUAUAAAGCCUCAUAACAUUCUUCUUGAUGAGAAUUUCAAUCCAAAAGUUUCCGAUUUCGGGUUAGCUAGACUUUGUCCUACGGAUAACAGUAUUGUGUCAUUAACUGCAGUAAGAGGAACCAUUGGAUAUAUGGCCCCGGAACUAUUCUACAGAAAUGUCGGAACAAUAUCUUACAAAGCUGAUAUCUAUAGUUUUGGGAUGUUGUUAAUGGAGAUGGCAAGUAGAAGGAAGAAUUUGAAGGCAUUAGCUGAGCAAUCCAGCCAAAUUUAUUUUCCUUUUUGGGUUUAUGAUCAGUUACAAGAUGGAAGGGAAAUAACAAUUGAGAAUGAUACAAAUCAAGAAACAAAAUUGGCAAAGAAAAUGAUGAUUGUAGCUUUGUGGUGUAUACAGACAAAACCCGACGAUCGUCCACCAAUGGAUAAAGUGUUGGAGAUGCUUGAAGAAAAAAAUGGAGAUUUGGAAAUGCCUAAUAAGCCUUACCUUUAUGCACAAGAUCAAACAGCUGAGGAUGCUAUUGAUGAUGAUAGUACUAGCAGUUCAUGGUCUUCCAAUGUACAUUAACUAAUUUCAAGGUAUCAUCGAGUUGUAUCUACCUUUGUGGUUCCAAGCAAGCCAAUGUGUAUGUAGUUAUAGAUAUAAAAUCAACAUAGUGUUAACUUGUAAAUC